ACGGCAGUCAGUAUAAACCAAAAUGGCGAGUGUGAUGGCGGUUCGCGACGGCUUGCGGCGUGUUUCGACCACGCUCGCAAUUUUCUGAACGGGACGUACGCAAUAAUGUGAUCCACGUGACUCGCAUCGACAUUCGCGGCAAACGUGGAACCGUCAAUCGGCGCGUCGAACGACUCGUCGCGCGCUUUUUCAUCGGUAUAAUAACCUCCACGUCCAGCCAGUGUGACCAGUCGGGCCAGACGUCAAACACCCUCCCGUCUCGGACGACCGACGGGGUGACGUCGACGCGCGAAAUUUCCCGGAGCUAAUCAUACACCCAGAUGACGCAAUGACGCUACAUUGGUGGAUGCAUUGGUUCUGGGUUACCGCGCAAUUUCUCGUGAUUCUCGGGAGUCCCUUGCCGUCUACCACAUCGGACCCCAUCAACCAACCGUCCCCGAGAGCGACGUCCUCGUCGAUCGAGACCGAAGAUAAUUAUCAUACCUCAAAGUUGGCCAGAUCGAGCUUUCGCGUCGCCAAAGCCAUCGGUCUUUAUCCGCAAACAAAUACGGCGGUCGUGUCAGACAGACAACCCAUCACCACCGUCACCCCGGCAUCACCGUUGGAACGGGGAAGUACCGUCGAGGCGAGCAUCCGCGAGACCGUCGAGUUGAGCUUUCGCGGAAAUACCUCCAACGUCGAGCUCGCCGGCACAACUGUGUCGCAACGCGCCGCCGAGAACAUCGAGAGGUUCAGGAAUUCGACCACGAAGAAGGACAGUAAAUUUACGCGAAACCUAACGACGAAUAAGUCGGGCAGAUCAAAAUACGAUCAAGAAGGAGGGAGAAACCAGUCGAACAGUAACGUCAGCAGGAACGUCAGCUUCGAGGAAGUCGAGGAUCUCACGGUACUACCUCUUCAAGAAGAAAUGUCGAAGGCAGACCUGAUGCUGAACAGGACGAGAUCUGCUUUCAUAACGUCCUUGUCUGCGGCCGGCGCGGCUGGUAACGCCGCGAUCAGGACGUUCAAUCGGUCCGAGGACGACGUCGAGAUCGACGAGGAGGUGGCGCAGACACAGCAUUUCGCUACAGCGGCGUCUAUUCUCGAAGUCGGCGUGAGCGAAUCCACUCGUUCGAGCAGAGCGAGGAACACUUUCAUCACGAAGCACUUCCAAAGAGAUCAAGUGCAAGGGAACAAUCAGCCUUCCGAUUACGUUGCUGGCGAUAACAACACCAAACAAGACUCGACGAGAUCCGCCGCGGAUAUAGCCGCUAUUACAGGCAGUUGUUUAGCGACUGUGGCCCUGCUCAGUACAAUGGGUAGUCUUGGAUUCAUUAUGUACAGGCGCAAGUACUUGAAUCCUCCGCAAACGUUGAACAGUGAUAAAUGCAGCAAUCCCGAUAGCUCCGGUUACAUCGACGAUUCCACCAUUCGCGAUAACUCCGAGGAAAUGUACAGUUUGGAUAACGACUCGUUCCUAAAUUCGCUAGAGGCGAUGACAAUACAGAAUUAUUGGACAGAUAGUGUGAAGCAUACGAAGCUAUGACAAAAAAGGAUAACUCAUCCCGGAAAGAGGAUCGAAUCGUUCAACAUUUCCGACGGUGAAGCGCACGAGCAAAUCUCUCUGCUUGAGCAAUAGUACUUAUACACGUCCGAGACGGUGGUCGUACUCUUGCUGUGGUGAAUCGUGCGAGGUGUCUCUUCGUCGCGUAUUCCGGUCAACGACAACAACAACACGGUAGGUGCGUCGCACGGAAAUCGCAGUCCUAAUGGGCUGCGUUUCGAGUGGCUCGUUUUACGACGCAACGUAAGAAAUUACUGAUCAAAACUGCGGGAUGAUGCGUACAUGUUGUUUCCUGAACGUUGAUUUACGUCACUUCCAUCGUCUCUAUAUUUUUCUACCACGCAUGCCGUUGGCAAAAUCGCGCUUAGGCAGGAAGUGGCGCAAUUAUCCUUUGAAUAUUUCCAUUACUGGUAUAGUGCAAUAAAUAAAAAGUCGAUGUACUUUAUUAUUAAAUUAA